AUAUAGGUAGUUCACAUCGAAAAAUUUCAACUGAUUUCUCUGAUGCUUUUAGUUUAAAAUGGAUCUCUUCAAAAAAUUCUGUUUUGUUUAUUUAAUUUUACAUCUGACGUUAUUACUGUUUGUGGAUUCCUCUGACUAUGAUGAUUACGAGGAGAGGAAAAAAUAUAAUGGUAGUGUUCCAAAUGAAAAUAAGACUUGUCUUAUUGCGUGGGAAACAUCUAUUAUGUCAGAACCGACUCCUACUUGCUGGAUAAUGUGUAAAAUAAGAUGCAUUCUUUUGAGUAGAACCACCCAAUGGCGUUGUAAAAUAUCAAAUAACCAAAUUUGGGAGAAUUGCCACUGCUGUAACGAUGAUACGUCAUAUGCAACAUUUGAUUUUUAUUAAAUGCCGAAUCUGGAAGACGAAUUUUUUAAUAGAUAUACGCUCAGUACCAAUACAUUUGUAAUAUUCAACUUGAUAUAAUAAUAAUAAUAAUAAUAAUAAUAAUAAUACAAUAUAGGUAUAUGCCUAUAGCUUAUAUGUAGUUAAACCAAGGUACUCAUGGUUUAGGCUGGCCCAGGGUUGGGCUUUGGGCAUAUCAUAGUUAAAACUUAAAUGUAACUAAGUUAUGUUACUAGGUUACUUUUGUAACUAGUUACAAAUUUUUCUGGUACUGUAUAUGAAAGUUACAAGUUAAUUUGUGCUUUUUGUGCUUUGAUAAUUUAUAAACGAGACUGCAAAAGCAAAAAAAAUAAAAUAAACGUUUUAUAUGUUCAUUUUGGUUUUGACAAUUUAUUAAUCUAGCCAACGGAUAUUCAGUGGGUAUAUAAUUAUAGUGGUACCUAUAUCUUUUUUUUCGUAACAUAACGACCAUAAAGUUAUUUUACUUAACCCGUGGAAGGUCAAUAAUUUUUCAUACAUUUACCAAUAUAUAACUUUUAACUUUAAAUGUAACUUGUAACUUGUAAGCAGUUUCAAUACAUUGAGUACCUAACUUUCCCAACCCUAAGGCUUAAGGCUGACCCUUUGCUUCCAUUUUAUUUUAAAAAUGAUACGUACGGUUAUUCACUUAUUUUCACUCAUAUGUAUCACUCUGUCGUAUAUUUUAUUUGUACGUACCUACAGUAGCGUAUCCCUAACCUAACCCCCCCCCCCCCCCAUCAUUUGUCAAUCUAAUUUUUAUACUAUACUUAAGUUUAUAUUUUAUUUUAUACUAACCCAAAUAUUGUUACUGCCGAUUGUCGUUUAUCCUAAUAAAUAAAAUAAAAAAUUAUUAUUGUGUUGUAACGAUAUUGUGUAUGGAAUUAAAAACAUAUUAUCUAACUGCCUAUAUUAUUACUUAUUAUUUUAAUACGGACAGCCCAUACUCGUAUGGUCACCAUUAUUAAUUGUUAAUAAUAACAGUGUAUUAUUUACUUGAUAGCCUAAAUAGCAUACCAUUCUUAUCAUUGUUAUAUUAUGAGUAACAUUCAAUAUUAAUCAUGUACCAAUAUGUCAAUUAAUUUGUUCUUUUUAUUACAAAAUACUGCAGCUUAUACAUUAUAUGUUUGUAUUGUAAAGUUUUAAUAAAUAAAAAAAAAAUGUUUCGAUAAUA